AUGAAAUUACUCACUGACAAUUCAGUCAGAUUCUACAUUGAGCUGAAAAAGAAGCAAAAUGUAGUAAUAGAGCUACCACUAUGCAUCACCACUUUUGAUCAAACAAUAGCUGAAACUAUUGAACACAAUGCAUACGAAGAAGAAACACAAAUUCAGAACACAGAUCUAGAAAUGCUAGUUCUUCAACUAAACAACCAGCAAUCAGCUACAAAAUUACAACAUGACGAAGCAACCUGCAUGACAAAUAACCAGGUACAAACCUUCCCAAAUAUUACAGACAUAGCUGAUAAUGUAGCAGAUUUUAUCAUAGAGAGAACAGAAGAAAACAAAAGAAAAAGAGAAGAAGAUGCAGAAACUAUAACUGAUCAUAAAAUUUUCAAAUUUGAAGAAUGCCAGAUUUAUAAGGACAAAAAGCUCUUGAAAUCUGCUCUAUGUUAUUAUGGUAUGAUCCACAACAUCCAAUUCAAGACAAAAAGAUCUGAACCGAAAGAGUACCUGGUAACUUGUGUGGAUGACAAUUGUAACUGGCCACUUAGAGCUUCAAAGUUCAUGAAAACAGAAACAUUUAAAAUCAGAAAGUAUGUAAAACCCCACACCUACUCCUUGGACAUCAUUAUGGAAGACCACAGGAAGGCAAAUUGCAAUGUGAUUGGAGAACUAAUAAAAACAAAAUACAUGUCAAUAAAGAGAGUAUACACACCAAAUGACAUAAUCAGCGACAUGCUAGAUGAUUAUGGUGUUUCAAUGGGGUAUCAAAAAGCCUGGAGAGCAAGAGAAAAAGCUUUAGAAUUGGCAAGAGGAAACCAGGAUGAUUUAUACCAAAAACUUCCCAUCUACCUUCACAUGCUAAAAGUCUCGAACCCAGGUACAAUAACGCACUUGGUUACAAACAAUAAAGAUCACUUCAAAUAUAUGUACCUAGCAUUUGCAAAUUCCAUCAAAGGAUGGAAACACUAUAGGUCAGUCAUUAUGAUAGAUGGAACUUACUUGAAGACAUCAUUUGGAAGAACUUUAUUCAUUGCUUCAAUAAUGGAUGCUAACAACAACAUAUUUCCAUUAGCCUUUGGAAUAGGAGACUCUAAAAAUGAUUCAUCAUGGUUAUGGUAUAACAAUCAUUUACGACAGAGGCACAAAAGCAUAGAAAAUGUUGUAGACAAUGUAUACCCUAAAGCUUUCCAUGGAGCAUGCAUAUUCCACAUGCUAAACAACAUCAAAGUCAAUUUCGGUGUCCAUGGGGAGGACCUAAACAUAAACUUUGUGAAAGCAGCAAAGGCAUACAGGGUACAAUCAUUUAAGCACUACAUGCAUGAAAUAGACAAGAUUGACACUUGCAUAAGACCGUAUUUACAAAAUAUUGGAUAUUGCACUUGGUCUAGAUGCCAUGCUCCAACAAGAAGAUAUACAAUGAUGACAUCAAAUAUAGCUGAAUCGAUAAAUGCUACAUUGAAAGCUGCAAGAACGCUGCCAGUCACUACAAUGAUGGAAGGCCUUCGAAGUUUAGUUCAAAAAUGGGUAUGGAGAAAUGGUAACGAAGCAAACGGAACUUUCACACAAAUAACAACAGAUAUUGAAACUAUGCUUAGAGAAAACUUUAUUCGAGCCAUUAAAUUUCAGGUCUUCCCAGUAAACACUUUACUGUACCAAGUUGUGGUUGAAGACAAAGGAAUUUUUCUGGUCAACCUAAUGGAGAAAACAUGUGAAUGCAAAAGGUUCCAACAAGAUGAAAUACCAUGUGCACAUGCAAUAGCAGUAUUUGCCAAAACAGGUCUGACAACAUAUGAUUAUGUUGCUGAUUAA